AUGUGCGGCUUGUCGUUGCACGAUGAUGCGGAGGCACUCUACGGCGUCAAGGAUCAGCUCGCAGGCUCGGGUAGGCAGGUGUUGCUGAUAUUGGAUAACUGCGAUGACACGAGAACAGAUUACAGCCGAUAUAUACCCAACAGGACUAUAGUGACCUUGAUAAUGACGACAAGGCUGUCAGAUGCCAAGAAGUAUGCAUCCAUGGACUUCCGGGACAACAAGCUCUUCUUUCAACUGAAAGGCCUGGACGCAAAGUCGGCAGUAGAUCUAAUCAUCGAUGCGUCGGAUACUCAGCAGCGUGGCCACCAGGCAGAGCAUCAAGCGGAACAAAUCGCCACUGCGCUCGACUUUCAACCUCUAGCGAUCAACGUCGCAAGCUCAUUGAUUCAAGAGCAAGCGAGGUACCGGAAAGUCAACGCGACGUUCGAGGUAUCGGCGGAAUCGCUCCAAAGAUUGGCAUCGGACGAUCCAUCGGUCAAGGCUGCUCCAACGCUGCUGGACAUUCUGGCCUUCGUGGAUCGCCAAGAUGUGCCCGAGGAGAUGUUUCUGCGAGCAUGGAAGUACGAGGAAGAGGUCUUGAGCGAGUUUGAGGUUGAUGACGGGCCAGAGAAAGGAUUCAUUGAGGAUCUCACGCCUUGGCACCAAUCUGACCAGCUGCCCGUCACAGAGGCGCAGUAUCUAAUGGGAGCUGCAUACCAGCAAAAUGGACAGAUCCCGGAGGCGGUGGACAUGCUAGAGCACGUAGUGAAGGUGCGGGAGAAGCUCGAGGAAGAGGAUCCUGUUCGACUAGCAUCUCAGCGUGCGCUCGCGGGAGCACGCCAGACCAACGGACAGAUCACCGAAGCGGUCGAGAUGCUAGAGCAUGUAGUAAAGCUGAAAGAGAAGCUCGAGGAGGAUGAUCCUUCUCGGCUAGCAUCUCAGCAUGAUCUCGCGGCAGUAUACAUGGACAACGGACAAAUAGCGAACGCAACAGCGCUGCUAGAACAUGUACUCAAGGUAAAUGAGAAGCUGGAGGAGAAUCAUCCUUCUCGGCUAUCGUCUCAGCAUGAGCUCGCGCGUGCAUAUAUAGCCAACGGACAGAUCCUGAAAGCAGUCAAGCUACUAGAGCACGUAGUAAAGGUUGGGGAGACGACGCUAAGGGAGAACCAUCCUUCUCGGCCAGCAUCUCAGCAUGCGCUCGCGAGUGCAUACCUGACCAACGGACGGGUCCCGGAAGCAGUAAAGCUACUAGAGCAUGUAGUAAAGGUCGAAGGGACGACGCUACAUAAGCACCACCCUCGCCGGCUAUCAUCUCAGCAUGAGCUGGCGUGUGCAUAUGAUGCCGACGGACAGACCUCAGCUUCCAUUGAGCUUUUGAAGCGCGUCGUUGAUAUCCGACAGAGGACGCUACGCAAAGACCACCCUGAUCGGAUCGUGUCGGAGAAAGUUCUUGCAGACAUUUUGGAGGAGGAGCAACGAUUGUCAGAAGAUGAGCCUGGUGACAUGGCCUCAGCUGGGCCCAUCGCGAGCGGCGGGCUUGCGUCAACGAGAAGGUCCAGGCUGGCACUGCGGUUGCAGGAGAAAGUCCGGGGCAGCCCGCGCAUGCCACCUGCCAGUGCUAUAGGAGAGACAUUUGUCGCUCAUACCGACCAUGAGCUGUCCACGAUAGCCUACGUGGCAGCCACGGCUUGCUUGAUCUGGUAUUGCAUCGUUGCGGUCGUGUGUACCAUUGGAUGCUCCCAGAUAUGGCGACACUAUUCCGCUCCGAAGCCUAAGUCGAGCCUCAAGCCUGCAGACUCACCUCAUGUCGCCAUCAUCAGACCAGUCAAAGGCCUUGAGCCGCAGCUGUACGACUGCUUGGCAUCCACCUUCCGCCAGGACUACCCACCCGAACGGCUUCACAUUCGCUUCUGUAUAUCAGACAAGAGCGACCCGUGUCUACCAGUCCUGGACCGACUGAUUGACGACUAUCCUGCAUACGACGCGCAGCUACUCCUGCAAGAUGAAGACGAACAACUGCACAAUGGACAACUCAACCUGGGACCGAACCCGAAGAUCCGCAACAUGAGUCGAGCGUACAGAGAAGCUAUGGGAGACAUUAUAUGGGUCAUCGACUGUAAUGUAUGGGUCGCAAGAGGCGUCUGUGGUAGGAUGGUCACCAGGCUUGAAGGGCACGAUGGAAAGCACAGGAACAAGCUCGUACAUCAGAUCCCGCUCGUGGUCGACAUCCCAGGCUCUACGGUCGGACAAGAGACGCAUGGACUGCUCGAUGGAACCAAUGGAGAUGCGCAGAUCAGGACAACUAGCUCGGCCAGCACAAGCACACAAACCAACGCCGAUCGCACCGCCCUCACGAUCGGUGGAGGUCGUCUCGAAGAGUCCUUCAUGUCAUCAGCACAUCCAAAGUUCUACGCAGCAAUCAACACCGUCGCAGUCGCUCCAUGUAUCGUUGGCAAGAGCACAAUGUUCCGCAAAAGUCAUCUCGACAGCGUGACCGACAACCGCGGCAUCGACUACUUCAGCGAGAACAUCUGCGAAGAUCACUUGAUUGGCGACAGGUUAUGGAAGCACAAAGUCCCAGAAGAGCGUCAAGGCGAGACUCUCGGCAAACAUGCAUUCUGCUUUGGCGACUUGGCGAUCCAGCCUAUGGCCAAUAUGAGUCUUGCGGAAUACUGGAGCCGGAGAAUACGAUGGCUCCGCGUGCGGAAGUUUACGGUGACGCUCGCUACUUUCGUCGAGCCCGGGACUGAGAGCUUCCUCUGUAGCGUCUACGGUGCCUUCGCUUUCUCGACCUUACCCUACCUCCACCGCAUAUUUGGCAUACCGCCGACAUGGACGGCCUUCGCUCUGCUCUGGCUCCUCAGUGUCAGCAUCUGGUGUCUCACGGAUUGGGCACUAUACCUCAAGCUCCAAUCUGGCGCAUCGAUCGAGGUGGAUGAGGAGACGCCGUUCUUCGCACGGCCACCUAAGAGCAGUACGAAGCGGCCAUUCGGAGAAUGGCUGCUUGCGUGGCUUGGACGUGAAGCUCUGGCCCUGCCGAUAUGGAUCUGGGCGUUCUGGGGAGGUACGAGGGUAGAAUGGCGUGGGAAACAAUUCUGGGUUGGGCUGGACAUGAAAGUGCAUGAGAUAAAAUCGAGCAGGCAGGAGGAUGCUGCGAGUAGUGCGACUACGCCGAACGGCAAGGCGCGGCGAGAUUAG